CACCAUCUCGCAUUGAACACUUUAUCGUGCACCUGGCGGUCUCGAAAUGCUGCUUUCAACUCUCUGUGCGGCGUGUUGCUUAUCUCCGCUAACAACAAGGUGAAAACUAUGAGCCUUGGCAACUCACGGGAAAGGUAUACCGUCACCUCGAAGACACCGCUCCUCCACUGCUUCGAAUUCUUGCGCAGACUGCAAUAUUGGCUGCGCAUAUAUGAUAUUUCGCAUCAGCAUGUCUUGAUGUACGGGCCUGUAUGUCCUACCCAUGGCAUAGGUUUAGGGUAUAGCCGAGUGCUGUCCACGCGUAUAGUCAGUGGCGACUGGGUCUUGUUACCAGAUCUUGAUUUGUCUUGGUGAAUAUGUCUGUCUACACGCUGUGGAACGGCCAAUCAUGAUUUGAUUGGGCCGAGAUCCCCAGCUAUGACUUUGAGCUUUAUCAUUUGACCACCUUUGGUCCUUUCCCCGGUACUUUUGGAUUUGAUUUUAGCAGGUUCACAGGAUCAUUGGGGCUCUAUACGUGAAUUGGCAUUCGACCCUCUUGGCCGGAGUCAUUCCCAGCUCCUUGUGCGGAAGCACAAGGCGGUCGUGGGUUACACAGCGCGGAAGCAGACUAAUCAUCUGUCAGCAAGGGCGCAGGCGCCGCCGACGCUGACCGACGCCGCGCCAGGGGCCAAAUUUCAGGCGACGAAAAAUUAUGAGGGUGAAAUUCAGACCUUGACCUCGACAUUUCCCCUUCCACCAGUACGCUUUGUGCAGCCAUACCUGGUCAAGCAACGUGCAGGUCACGAUGAGUUGCGUCACCACAGAGCCAGACACCCUGGAUUUUGGAUACCCUCGCCAUCCCGAGAUGUGGAUGGAUGACGGCAAUCUCGUCCUAAUCGCCGAUAACCGCGUCACCUUCCGCGUCCACCGCAGUGUCGUUACGCGGAAGUCCACCGUCUUCAACGACAUGUUCAGCUUCCCUCAACCUCCUGAUGCCCCGCAGUCUCCUGGAUGUGUCGUAAUUCACUUACCCGAUUCGCCUGAAGACCUAUUUUAUUUCUUGGACGCUAUCUACGAUGCUCGCAAAUAUUGCUUCUCCAUGGAAAAAAAGCCAACGUGGCCUGCUGUCAAGGCGCUGCUCCUACUUGGUGAGAAGUACGACGCCGAAGAUCUCCUCGAAGAAGCCAUGCUCUGCCUCAGGCGGCACUACCCGAAGGACAUCGAAGAAUGGGACAAGCUGCGCAAAGACUACGGCUCCUUCAUCAUCGGCGAGAAUGACGUGCUCCCCAUCGAGAUUGCGAAUCUCUCCCGACUGCUGCACCUCCCUGAGUUCCACCUGUCCGCGCUCUACGACUGCUGCCGGCUGCCGACCGGGACGCUGGCACACAGCGCGCUGCGAGGCGAGGCGAGCGAACAGCGCGCGCGGCUCGACGAAGACGACGUCGCGGCGUGCCUCGCCGCGCGCAAGGGGCUCACAGACGUGCUCGCGGCGAACGUCGAGGACCUCUUCGAGGUCACGCCGUGUGACAUCUACGACGAGUUCUUCUGCCCGACGCCGCACCGCUGCGUGCCUGCGACGCAGGACGUGCAGUACCACCACGAGAAGGCGCAGACGGAUGCGAUCGUCGCGGACGCCGGGUGCAGUGCGCUCGAACCGCUCGACGCGCGCAUCGCCUCAACGUUCGGCGCGGCGUGCGAGCGCUGCGUUGGGUUCUACCAGAAGCGCUACGCAGAGUCGCGCCAAGAGUUGAGGAACAGGCUUGCGAAGUACAUUGCUGUGCCGCCUUACUAGAUGCGUUUUCGCGUUUAUGUUAUCUACAAACGCGCUAAAACACCGUAGACACUCUAGACUGUAUGUUAUAGCUCUCUAACGGCCAUACAUAUUAUUUGUAACUUAUUGUAGACGCUUAGAGUUCCGUGUGGUCUAAUACCUGUAGACAAUUU